AUUCUUGAACCAUUUGGAAAGCAAUUCUGCCUUGGCUUAGACGACUCCAACCAAGCCCCGAUGCUUUGAUUGCACCAGAAGGCAAUUAAUUCCCUCGUCCUUUAUUCCAAUACACCAUUAGCUUAUAUCUUCCUUGUACAUGUAUGCUAUAUGUAUAUAUAUUUAUGUAAUCUCAUUCCACCUCUCUUCAUUCUCAAUCAGAUUUCAUUUUUUUUUUUUGUUUCUAUUGAAAAACGUCAGCUUGUCUUUCCUUAAACGAACAAAAGGAUGAAGCUGAGCAACUCAGGCGGCCAAGGAGAGAGGCAGCGACAACCAUUUGACCGUGAUCUCAGAAACAUGAUAUCUGCCUUGAGCCAGAUGGGGGCAGACAAGCCAGGCUCCAGCCACUUGGAGGACGAGGACGAACAUGGGGUGAGAGUGAUCACACUCUCUGGCUCCAACAUCGGAGCCACCAUGAAGACGGAGCUCGAUGGGGACAGCGACAGAGACGGCAAUCUAGAUUUCCUGAGCACGUUCGCGAACAGCAAUUUUCAAGCGGUGAACAACUCCAUUAUGAUGGGAGGCGAGUACGAGACCCACGACCCCGGCGUUCAUCUCGAUAUCUGUGGCGAUACAGAGAAGCCUUUCUUGACCAAGGAAUCAAGGGCCAAGAAGGGAAAAGCUGCCACUAGAAGCGACGAACACACUGAUUGAUGGUCUCUGCCCACAAAUACAUCGUCUCAUGUUUUCCCUUUUGCCUCGUCGUGUCUGUCUAAAUAAUGCAUAUAAAGCACUUUCUCUUCAGGAAGACCUUGACGCGUGCUCCAUGUCUUCCUUUAGUCUAAUUUGAAAGCUUCCAGAUUUAUUCCACACUAUAUUUGUCUGCUUCUUUCA